AAUUAUUUUGCUUUGCAAAUGGCGGUCUCAUCGCUGUCAUUUCAUUUUACUUUACAUGUGAAACUGGAAAUAAAUUUUACGUGUUUGAAGAUAUAAUGCCGUAAAUCGGCAUGUUAUUUGAUAGGACUGAUUCCUAAAACAGAUUUAUUUGUGAAAUAUAAGAAACAAGGCGCGCAGCCAUGUCGCUGCCGCCGUACUUGCUGGGGCCCAACCCCUGGGCCACUAUGAUGGCGCAGCAGCAGCUAGCUGCGGCUCAACAGGCAGCAUUGCAAGCUCAUGCCGCCGCCGCUGCAGCUGCGCCUCCGGUGCCGCCCGCGCAGCCACCAAAACCACAUCAUAUUUCUGAAGAAAAGAUCAAAGAAAAAGCUCAAAAAUGGCUGCAAAUACAGUCGAAACGCUUCUCAGAAAAGCGAAAGUUUGGCUUUGUGGAUGCUCAGAAAGAAGACAUGCCUCCAGAGCACAUCAGGAAGAUCAUAAGAGACCAUGGUGACAUGACGAGUCGCAAGUACCGUCAUGACAAACGUGUUUACCUUGGAGCCUUGAAAUACAUGCCCCAUGCAGUCAUGAAGUUGCUUGAAAAUAUGCCAAUGCCAUGGGAGCAGAUUAGGGAUGUCAAAGUACUGUAUCACAUCACUGGAGCUAUCACAUUUGUCAAUGAGAUUCCCUGGGUAAUUGAACCAGUGUAUAUAGCUCAAUGGGGAACCAUGUGGAUUAUGAUGAGGAGAGAGAAACGAGACCGUAGGCACUUUAAGCGUAUGCGAUUUCCUCCAUUUGAUGAUGAGGAGCCCCCAUUAGACUACGCUGACAAUAUCUUAGAUGUCGAGCCUCUAGAGCCUAUUCAAAUAGAAUUGGACUCUGAAGAGGAUGGUGCAGUUGCUUCUUGGUUCUAUGAUCAUAAACCACUGCUAAAUACUAAACAUGUAAAUGGUUCAACAUAUAGACGAUGGAAUCUGACACUACCACAGAUGGCAACUCUGUAUCGGCUUGCCAAUCAACUGCUUACAGAUUUGGUGGAUGAUAAUUAUUUUUACCUCUUUGAUUCAAAAAGUUUUUUCACUGCCAAAGCUCUAAAUAUGGCAAUCCCUGGUGGACCUAAGUUUGAGCCGUUAGUAAAGGAUAAUUCAGCAGGUGAUGAAGAUUGGAAUGAAUUCAAUGACAUCAAUAAGAUUAUCAUUCGUCAGCCAAUCAGAACAGAGUACAGGAUUGCUUUUCCUUAUUUGUACAACAACCUUCCACAUUUUGUGCAGUUGUCCUGGUACCAUACCCCAAAUGUGGUGUACAUCAAAACUGAGGAUCCUGAUCUUCCAGCUUUUUAUUUCGACCCUCUUAUUAACCCGAUAUCUCACAGACACUCCGUGAAGUCCUUAGACCCUGUUCCGGACGAGGAAGAGUUUGUUCUUCCGGAGGAAAUAUCCCCAUUCCUGCAAGAGACGGCUCUGUACACAGAUAACACAGCAAAUGGAAUAUCUUUGCUUUGGGCACCUAGGCCAUUUAACACUAGAUCAGGUCGUACUCGCCGCGCUAUCGACGUGCCCCUGGUGAAGACCUGGUACAAGGAACACUGUCCUCCAGGGCAGCCAGUUAAAGUCAGGGUUUCGUACCAGAAACUGCUGAAGUAUUAUGUGCUGAAUGCACUUAAGCAUAGACCUCCUAAGCCUCAGAAGAAGAGGUACCUUUUCCGCUCUUUCAAGUCAACAAAAUUCUUCCAAACUACCACCCUGGACUGGGUAGAAGCAGGUUUACAAGUCUGUCGCCAAGGUUACAACAUGCUGAACCUGCUCAUCCAUAGGAAGAACUUGAAUUACCUACAUCUGGACUACAAUUUCAACUUGAAGCCUGUGAAAACACUCACUACCAAAGAAAGAAAGAAAUCUCGAUUUGGAAAUGCAUUCCACUUGUGUCGCGAGAUCCUCCGCCUGACGAAGCUGAUCGUGGACUCUCACGUGCAGUAUCGCCUGAACAACGUGGACUCGUUCCAGCUGGCCGACGGCUUGCAGUACAUCUUCGCUCACGUCGGCCAGCUCACCGGCAUGUACCGGUACAAGUACAAACUGAUGAGGCAGAUCAGGAUGUGCAAGGACUUGAAGCACCUCAUCUAUUAUAGAUUUAAUACCGGUCCGGUAUCGAAGGGCCCCGGGUGCGGUUUCUGGGCGCCGGGCUGGCGCGUGUGGCUGUUCUUCAUGCGCGGCAUCACGCCGCUGCUGGAGCGAUGGCUCGGCAAUUUACUGUCCAGGCAGUUUGAAGGACGACAUUCCAAAGGCGUGGCUAAAACGGUGACGAAGCAGCGCGUCGAAUCUCACUUCGACUUAGAGCUGCGUGCGUCUGUAAUGCACGACAUCGUGGACAUGAUGCCAGAAGGUAUCAAGCAGAACAAGGCUAGGACUAUACUGCAGCAUCUGUCAGAAGCUUGGCGGUGCUGGAAAGCUAAUAUACCAUGGAAGGUGCCUGGUUUGCCCACUCCAAUCGAGAACAUGAUCCUCCGAUACGUGAAGAUGAAGGCUGACUGGUGGACGAACACCGCUCACUACAACCGCGAGAGAAUCCGCCGCGGCGCCACUGUCGAUAAGACCGUGUGCAAGAAGAACUUGGGACGACUCACCAGACUAUACUUGAAAGCGGAACAGGAACGGCAGCAUAACUAUCUGAAGGAUGGUCCAUACAUAUCUCCUGAGGAAGCCGUAGCUAUUUACACUACCACCGUCCAUUGGUUGGAAUCACGGCGAUUCGCUCCAAUACCCUUCCCGCCUCUAUCAUACAAACACGACACGAAGCUACUGAUUUUAGCUCUAGAAAGGCUGAAAGAAGCAUACAGCGUCAAGUCUAGACUGAAUCAGAGUCAGCGAGAAGAACUGGGUUUGAUUGAACAGGCAUACGAUAAUCCUCACGAGGCGCUUUCAAGAAUCAAGCGUCAUUUGCUCACACAGAGGACUUUUAGAGAGGUCGGCAUAGAAUUUAUGGAUCUUUAUUCUCACCUUGUCCCUGUGUACGACGUGGAGCCGCUAGAGAAGAUAACAGACGCGUACCUCGACCAAUACUUGUGGUACGAAGCGGACAAACGUCGGCUACUGCCGCCGUGGGUCAAACCUGCCGAUACCGAGCCGUCGCCGCUACUCGUCUACAAAUGGUGUCAGGGUAUCAACAACCUACAAGACGUGUGGGAGGUCGGAGACGGCGAAUGUAACGUGCUGUUGGAGUCGCGUUUCGAGAAGCUGUACGAGAAGAUUGACUUGACGCUGCUCAACCGACUGCUGAGGCUGAUCGUCGAUCACAACAUAGCCGAUUACAUGACUGCUAAGAACAACGUCGUUAUUAAUUACAAGGACAUGAACCACACGAAUUCCUACGGAAUAAUCCGCGGUCUACAAUUUGCUUCCUUCAUCGUGCAAUACUACGGUCUAGUGCUAGAUUUGCUAGUGCUUGGUCUACAGCGUGCCAGCGAGAUGGCGGGUCCACCGCAGUUGCCAAACGACUUUCUCUCCUAUCAGGACCGCCAGACAGAGACCGCUCAUCCUAUAAGGCUGUACUGUCGUUAUGUGGACAGGAUUCAUAUAUUCUUCAGGUUCACCGCUGAGGAAGCCAGGGACCUUAUCCAACGUUACCUGACUGAACAUCCGGACCCGAACAACGAGAACAUAGUGGGCUACAACAACAAGAAGUGCUGGCCCAGAGACGCCCGCAUGAGGCUCAUGAAACACGACGUCAACCUUGGACGCGCAGUCUUCUGGGACAUCAAGAAUCGUCUGCCUCGUUCGGUGACCACCAUACAAUGGGAAAACAGUUUCGUGUCUGUAUAUUCCAAGGACAAUCCAAAUCUACUAUUCAACAUGGCCGGCUUUGAAUGCAGGAUUUUACCCAAAUGCCGGAGCCAAAACGAGGAGCUAUCACAUCGCGACGGCGUCUGGAACCUUCAGAACGAAGUGACCAAAGAAAGAACUGCUCAAUGUUACCUCCGAGUGGACGACGAAUCUCUCGCGCGAUUCCACAACAGAGUGCGACAGAUUCUUAUGGCGUCUGGUUCGACCACUUUCACUAAGAUCGUCAAUAAGUGGAAUACAGCGCUCAUUGGUCUAAUGACGUACUUCCGCGAAGCAGUGGUCAAUACCCAAGAACUCCUAGACCUGCUGGUGAAGUGUGAAAACAAAAUUCAGACCCGUAUCAAGAUCGGUCUGAACUCUAAAAUGCCUUCCCGUUUCCCGCCCGUGGUGUUCUACACGCCCAAAGAGCUGGGUGGGCUCGGCAUGUUGUCUAUGGGUCAUGUUUUGAUACCACAGUCUGAUCUCCGCUGGUCGAAGCAAACAGACGUGGGCAUCACUCACUUCCGCUCCGGUAUGUCUCACGAUGAAGACCAGCUGAUCCCCAACUUGUACCGCUACAUUCAGCCUUGGGAGGCCGAGUUCGUGGACUCGCAGCGAGUGUGGGCUGAGUAUGCGCUGAAGAGACAAGAAGCUAAUGCACAGAACAGGCGUCUAACGCUGGAAGAUUUGGAAGACUCCUGGGACAGAGGCAUACCGAGAAUCAACACACUUUUCCAGAAGGACAGACACACCCUCGCUUAUGAUAAGGGGUGGCGUAUACGUACAGAGUUCAAACAAUAUCAGGUUCUCAAACAAAAUCCGUUCUGGUGGACGCAUCAGCGCCACGAUGGCAAGCUGUGGAACCUUAACAACUACCGCACGGACAUGAUCCAAGCUUUGGGAGGCGUGGAGGGAAUCCUGGAACACACGCUCUUCAAGGGCACGUAUUUCCCCACUUGGGAGGGUCUCUUCUGGGAAAAGGCAUCAGGCUUCGAAGAGUCGAUGAAGUACAAGAAGUUAACCAAUGCCCAGCGGUCUGGUUUGAAUCAGAUUCCGAACCGACGGUUCACACUGUGGUGGUCGCCCACUAUCAACAGGGCUAAUGUGUACGUCGGUUUCCAGGUACAAUUGGACCUGACUGGAAUAUUCAUGCACGGGAAGAUCCCUACUCUAAAAAUCUCCCUGAUUCAAAUCUUCAGGGCUCACUUGUGGCAGAAGGUGCACGAAUCUAUCGUCAUGGACUUGUGUCAAGUAUUCGAUCAAGAGCUGGACGCAUUAGAGAUUGAAACAGUACAAAAGGAGACUAUUCACCCGCGUAAAUCCUACAAGAUGAACUCGUCUUGUGCCGACAUCUUGCUGUUCUCGGCUUACAAGUGGAACGUGUCUCGGCCGUCGCUCCUGGCUGAUACCAAGGACACAAUGGACAACACGACAACACAGAAAUACUGGCUAGACAUCCAGCUUCGUUGGGGCGACUACGAUUCCCACGACGUGGAGAGAUACGCCCGCGCGAAGUUCCUGGAUUACACUACGGAUAACAUGUCCAUAUACCCCUCACCCACUGGACUGCUCAUAGCGAUUGACUUGGCUUAUAAUUUGCACAGUGCAUACGGCAAUUGGUUCCCCGGCUGCAAGCCGCUCAUCCAACAAGCUAUGGCCAAAAUCAUGAAGGCUAACCCUGCCUUGUAUGUACUGCGAGAGAGAAUACGCAAAGCUCUCCAACUAUACUCGUCUGAGCCCACGGAGCCUUAUCUGUCCAGUCAGAAUUAUGGAGAACUGUUCUCCAACCAAAUCAUUUGGUUCGUGGACGAUACAAACGUGUAUCGCGUGACCAUCCACAAGACAUUCGAAGGCAACUUGACGACGAAGCCGAUCAACGGCGCAAUCUUUAUUUUCAACCCGCGCACCGGACAACUCUUCCUCAAGAUCAUUCACACCAGCGUGUGGGCGGGACAGAAGCGUCUUGGACAGCUCGCUAAAUGGAAGACAGCCGAAGAAGUCGCCGCGUUGAUUCGCUCAUUGCCGGUGGAGGAGCAGCCCAAACAAAUCAUCGUCACCAGAAAAGGAAUGUUGGAUCCACUCGAGGUGCACUUGCUAGAUUUCCCGAACAUCGUGAUCAAAGGCUCGGAGCUACAGCUGCCGUUCCAGGCGUGCCUCAAAGUGGAGAAGUUCGGGGACCUCAUUCUCAAGGCUACCGAACCACAGAUGGUGCUGUUCAACUUGUACGACGACUGGUUAAAGACUAUUUCAUCCUACACUGCCUUCAGUCGUCUUAUUUUGAUCCUGCGAGCGCUCCAUGUGAACACUGAACGAACAAAAGUCCUACUUAAGCCGGAUAAGACCACUUUGACCGAGCCGCAUCAUAUUUGGCCGACGUUAUCUGAUGAUGACUGGAUAAAGGUGGAAGUGCAGCUCAAGGAUCUCAUUUUGGCAGAUUAUGGCAAGAAGAACAAUGUAAACGUUGCUUCUCUUACGCAAUCUGAAAUCCGUGAUAUCAUCCUCGGUAUGGAGAUAUCCGCUCCUUCAGCUCAGAGACAGCAGAUUGCCGAGAUUGAGAAGCAGAGCAAGGAACAGAGUCAACUCACAGCGACCACCACGAGGACCGUGAACAAGCACGGAGACGAAAUCAUCACCUCCACUACUAGCAACUAUGAAUCGCAGACUUUCAGUUCAAAGACGGAAUGGCGAGUGCGAGCGAUCUCCGCCACGAAUCUGCACCUGCGCACGAACCACAUUUACGUGAGUUCGGACGACAUCAAGGAGAGCGGCUACACCUACAUCCUGCCGAAGAACUUGCUCAAGAAAUUCGUCACCAUUUCCGAUUUGAGAGCGCAGAUCGCGUGCUACCUCUACGGCACAUCGCCGCCUGACAACCCGAUGGUGCGUGAAGUACAAUGCGCGGUGGUUCCCCCGCAGUGGGGCACACACCAACAAGUGCACCUCCCGCGGCAGCUGCCCAAACAUCCCGCAUUACAGCAUCUGCAGCCGCUGGGGUGGAUGCAUACCCAGCCUAAUGAGCUGCCACAGCUCUCGCCCCAGGACAUAACAACACACGCCAAAAUUAUGUCCGAGAAUUCAAGCUGGGAUGGUGAAAAGACAAUCAUCAUCACAUGCUCAUUCACGCCUGGUUCCUGUUCGCUCACAGCAUACAAACUGACCCCUAGUGGAUAUGAAUGGGGAUCAAGGAACACAGACAGGGGUAACAACCCUAAAGGAUACUUGCCCAGCCAUUAUGAAAGAGUUCAGAUGCUGCUGUCGGAUAGAUUCUUGGGCUACUUCAUGGUUCCGUCUCAGGGAAGCUGGAAUUAUAACUUCAUGGGUGUGCGCCACGACCCUAACAUGAAGUACGGCGUGCAGCUCGGCAAUCCCCGCGAGUUCUACCACGAAGUGCACCGCCCCGCGCAUUUCAUGAACUUCGCGGCGAUGGAGGACGCCACUGCGCCCACGCUGGCCGCAGAUAGGGAAGACUUGUUCGCGUAGUAACGUAGUGUAAGAAUACAAGUGUUUAAU